ACACAAUUAUGGGGAAGGAAACAUUUUAGGGGUUUUGUUUUGUUUUUGUUGCAGGAAAUGGAUGAUGCCAGAUGGGUGACAAGAAAGUAAAACUCAAAUGGGCCAGGGGCUAGAAGAGAUCAUGAGCCACCAGCACUCAUUUACAGUAUCUCUUCCAGUCCCUAACCAAGAAGUACAAUCCUUUAAUCCAAGGGCUGGUCAUUUGUGUCCCUCCAGAUAUUGUUGGACAAUACCUCCUCUCAUACCUCACUACUUUCUAUAUCAGCUAAAGGCACUGGAGCAAGUCAAUGCCCGACUCCGUGAGCUAUAUCCCAAUGACGAAGAGCUGUUUGAUAUUGUGCUCAUGACUAAUAACCAUGCCCAAGUCGGGGUGAGACUUAUCAACAGCAUUAACCAUUAUGGUCUGUUAAUUGAACGGUUUUGUAUGACUGGAGGGAAAAGCCCAGUUGGCUACUUGAAAGCAUACCUUACCAAUUUGUACCUCUCUGCUGACUCUGAAAAAGUUCAAGAAGCCAUCGAAGCAGGAAUUGCUGCUGCAACAUUGUUCACAGGUAACAAAAAAGUUCCUUACGAUGACAAGCAGCUCCGAGUGGCCUUUGACGGGGAUGCUGUUCUGUUUUCUGAUGAGUCUGAAAUAAUUGUGAAAGAACAUGGCCUGGAUAGAUUCUUUGAACAUGAACAGAUAAAUGAAAACAAGCCUCUGGCACAGGGCCCUUUGAAAGGUUUCUUGGAAGACCUUGGAAGGCUCCAAAAGAAAUUCUAUGUUAAGAACGAGCGUCUGGAUUCGCCAAUCAGGACUUACCUGGUGACGGCCAGGAGUGCUGCGAGUUCUGGAGCCCGAGUGCUGAAGACUCUGCGCAGCUGGGGAGUGCAGAUUGAUGAGGCCCUCUUCCUCGCAGGGGCACCCAAGGGACCAAUCUUGGCCAAAAUCAGACCUCACAUUUUCUUUGAUGACCAGAUGUUUCACAUAGAAGGAGCGCGACAGCUGGGCACAAUUGCUGCUCAUGUGCCGUAUGGCAUUGGGCAGAAGUACCACAAAUCCAAACUGAAAGAAAGCCCAGCCACCAAUUAGUUCCUUCUAACUUAGCAGUGAAUAUGGGGUUAGGCCUGAAAUUUCCCUACAUGGACUUCUUUCAAGUGUUAUGUUUAAAUGUGACUCCUUUAGGUUUUUAAUCUAUUUUUAGAAGAGAUAUUUUAUACUGUAGACAUAUUUUUGUAGUGGGAAGUGGGGAAAAAUUGUUUAAAUUGAUAUCCCUCAACAGAUACCCCUA